CGCACCCGACGCGACGUUAACCCGACGCGGCCGUUCCAGUCUCCAGUGGUGGCCGACGUUUCAGUUAGCUACCGUGCGAGUUAGCCGUAGUUGCUACGCUUGUCAGCUGCCGGUGUCGACGAUACGCACAAGCAAUCGUUAUCAACGCCCGGUCCGGUGUGCGUGUGUCAGUUGAGUGUGUGUGUGUGUGUGUGUGUGUGUGCGUUUGUGUUUGUUUUCGCGCCGCGCUCUCGGGUACGUACGAUUUCGGUUGACCGGUAAUUUGUUGUUUUGCCAAAUAUUUUUAAAAAAUCGCUUCUUUUGCGUGAAGGCGCUUAAUCUCGGUGUAAAUUUUUUUCGGGAUUUCUAAGUAAUAUUGUUGUUGUUCUUGUUUCGAGCAUCGAAAAUGUCCGCUAACCAACGUCCGAUACGUUCCUGUAGUUAACUACGGUCGUCCGAUUAGUUUUUUCUGAAUUGUUCGGUCAACUGGUACACAGUUUAAAAGUUUGCUUAGUCGAUUGUGGAUUGCAUCCGAGAUGACUAUGUGUGACCGGAAAAGUACGUUAGCGUUUGCCAUACUCUUUUUGGCCGCUUUGUGCAAUAUCUGUUUGGCGUCUCACGGACAUGGGUUGUCCAUGAAAUCGGUGCAAGUGGUCAACUAUACUAAAUUUACUAACAAUGACGAAAAGUACGUCAAUGUUAUGGUGGCUGUGUCGGGCAAUGGGUUUCGGGAAGACAUGAGGGUCAGGCUUACGUCCAGAGUAGCGUUGCGAGGAUCUGAAUGUUACAAAAACCAUCCGAUGAAGAGUAUAGAUUCCGAUAGUCGCGAAUUUAAACAGGUUUGGUCAAACGACACAGACGCAUUAAUGAGCAUCGCGUUGAAGUUCGAUCAAGAUUUAAUCACAAGGAAUUUGUACUUGUGCGUGAGUGUUCAUCAACCGUCUACUGGUUUUGCAUCUCAGAUCUGGAGCGCUUUGGCUGGCGAUAACGAUUCACAUAACCGAUGGAUAAACCAAGGCGACUCCGUUGCGCUUCGUUGGUCUGACGACCCAACCGUGCUAUACAAUAAUGAUUCCAUCCAGAGCCGACGACGACGUCAAGGGAGUACUUUGAAAAAUGUCACUCCACUGGGUACUGCUUUUAUAUCUCCGGUGCAUUUGUACGGUCUUCGAAUGGAGUACUCGGAUGCGGCUGUAGACUACGACGAUUUGGGCGUACCACAGUUGUUGGUGCAGAGGAAUGCAACGUUUCGCUUGUUUGGCAGCGGUUGGAGCGAAAAGACGUUGUUCGUGUUGACCGCAAAAAUUGGCGAAAAAGGUGGACCAUGUGAAUUCCCAUUGGGAGACAUUCAAGAGGUGACCUUACUUGGCGACCAGAACACGGUCAGGUUGAAUAUUAUUUUGCCGCAAUCCAGUGCAUCCGGCACGACACUUUAUUUCUGUUCGAAGGAAGGCGACAAGCCAGGUGCCGUAUGGACGCACAUGGGAAAUGAGUACUAUAAACAGAUAGGCGUCUACGAGAAAAUGUUACCGUUUUGGCUGCAGCUGGCCAUCAUUCUCACCUGUUUGUCCUUCUCGUCGCUUUUCUCCGGUUUGAACUUGGGCUUGAUGUCCCUAAAUCGCAUGGACCUGAAAAUCAUUUGCAACACCGGUACCGAAUCCGAGCGCAAAUACGCCAAGGCCAUACUACCGGUGCGUAUUCACGGCAACUACUUGCUUUGCAGCAUCUUGUUGGGUAACGUCAUGGUCAACUCCAUAUUUACAAUUCUACUUGACGAUCUCACCUCGGGUCUCGUGGCCGUUAUUACUUCCACCCUGGCCAUUGUCAUUUUCGGCGAGAUCAGUCCUCAGGCCGUGUGCUCUCGUCACGGUUUGGCCAUUGGCGCCAAAACCAUUUACAUCACGAAAACUGUAAUGGUCCUCACCACUCCUCUGUCCUGGCCCAUCAGCAAAGCGCUAGAUUGGGCACUUGGCGAAGAAAUCGUUAGCACGUACAACAGAGAGCGUCUCAAGGAAUUGGUUAAGAUGACCGGCGAUGAGUUCAACGAUUUGGAAAAGGACGAAGUAAAUAUUAUAUCUGGCGCAUUAGAGUUGCAUCGCAAGAAGGUUAACGACGUCAUGACUAAAUUGGAGGAUGUGUACAUGUUGUCCUACGAUACCGUGUUGGACUUUGAGACUGUUUCAGAAAUUAUGAAGUCCGGAUACUCGAGAAUACCCGUUUAUGAAGGAAACCGUCAGAACAUCGUAACCAUGUUGUACAUUAAGGACUUGGCGUUGGUCGACCCCGACGACAACACUUUGCUCAAGACACUGUGCCAGUUCUACCAGAACCCGUGUUACUUUGUGUUUGAGGAUACCACGUUGGACGUACUCUUUAAGCAGUUUAAAGAAGGCAUCAAGGGUCACAUGGCGUUUGUUCACCGUGUGAACAACGAAGGCGAAGGUGAUCCAUUCUACGAGACAGUGGGCAUCAUAACUCUGGAGGACGUCAUCGAAGAACUGAUUCAAGCCGAAAUCAUGGACGAGACAGACGUUUACACCGACAACCGUUCCAAACAACGUCGUCAACAACGAUCGUACAGAGCUCAGGACUUUACCGCGUUUGCCGAACGCAACGAAAACCAGCGCAUUCAUAUAUCUCCUCAACUCACAUUAGCCACAUUCCAGUUCUUAUCGUCCAGUGUUGAAGCAUUUAAGCCGGAUGUUGUAUCUGAAACGAUUUUGAUGCGUCUACUCAAACAGGACGUGCUAUUCCACAUCAAAAUGAAAGACAAGGAAAGAUUUAAAUCAGACCCUGUUAGCGUAAUUUAUCAACAAGGCAAACCUGUUGACUACUUUAUACUUAUACUAGAAGGACGCGUUGAAGUGACGGUUGGCCGUGAAAAUCUUGUUUUUGAGAGUGGUCCGUUUACAUACUUUGGUUCGCAAGCUCUACAUCAAAACAUUGGAAUAGGUGAAUCUCCACCUGCUAGCACCAAUCCAACUGCAGGCAAUUUGAGUUCAAACAAUCUUGGCAGCAUACAAUCGGUCAACAUUGAUGCAAUGUUACGUUAUACAUUUGUUCCCGAUUAUACAGUGCGCGCAGUUACAGAAGUGAUGUAUUUGAAGGUCAAGCGCUCUUUCUAUAUGGCAGCUAAACGGGCCACACUCAUGGAACGAUCUAAAAAGAUGUCCAACGCAGGAGAAUUUGACGAAGAAGUUGACAAGUUAUUCCACAGUUAUGGUGACGAAGACAGAAAAAGUAUUCAAGGUUCUCCGGAUAUGCCAAGAAAUGUAUCGCAGGCAUCGACGGCAGCAGCUACAACAGCUGUUUUGACUAAUACAACUACAUCACUCAACAACGGCGAAGUCACUCAGCCAGUAGCAGUAGCUUACUCACGAACCCCACAGGGCAACUCUGGUGCAUCAGUCGAAGAAAAAACUACACUUUUAGGAACAAAUGUUAAGCCGGCUGCUUCCAAAUCUGACACGACUGAUCCGUCGUCUUAAAAAUACUGAUAAUUGUUAGUUUGCUCUUGUAUAAAUAUUUUUUGUUGCUCUACAUUUGGCGUUUAGGUUUUAGAUAUGUUAUAUACAUAUUUUAUAUAUAUAUAUAUAUAUAUAUAUAUAUAUAUAUA